AUGUCUUUCCGAUUUUACGGAGGAAAUCGGCAGAACGAGGACCGAGAACACCAGAACUCUCGACGGCGACUGGAAGGAGAAUGGAACAUCAUUAUAAAUGGUAAACCGACACCUGAUCAGAAACAGCUUCAACGGUGUAAGAGUGCGGUUAUUUUCUAUUUCUAUCAAUUUGUAGGUGGUGGAAGUGGUUUCAUUGGACGUCAUCUUUGUAAGAAGCUAAGGUCUGUUGGUUAUAAAGUCAUAAUUGUGUCCAGAUCUGCUGGUUUGAACAAAAUUACUUGGAAAGAUGUUCAGGAAAAUGGACUUCCUGAUGACUGUAAAGCUGUUGUUAACUUGGCAGGCGAGAACUUAAUGAAUCCAUUAAGAAGGUGGAACGCAGGUUUUGAGAAAGAUCUUUAUGACAGUCGUAUUAAAACUACCAAAACUUUGGUAACAGCUAUUUCAAGUGCCCAGACACCACCAGAAGUAUUUGUAAGUACAUCUGCCAUAGGCUUCUAUGCUCCUGAUGACGAGAACAGUUCUACCGAAUACAGUCCAGGUGGCGACCAUGACUUUCUUUCUGGGCUCUGCUCCGAAUGGGAGACAGCAUCAACAUUAAGUCCCUCCCUCACUAACAUUGUACGACGGGUUAUUAUCAGAGUUGGCAUUGUUCUUGGAAGAGACGGUGGAGUCAUUCAAAAUAUUUACCCUGUCUUCAACCUGGGACUGGGUGGAAGAAUUGGCUCCGGUAACCAAUGGUUUCCAUGGAUACACAUCUCUGACAUUGCUGGUAUAUAUCAAUACGCCGUUUGUAAUUCCCAUGUCAAUGGAAUACUAAAUGGAGUAGCACCACAGCCUCUCACAAAUUCGGAAUUCACACAGACUUUUGCAAAAGCUAUGAAUCGUCCAGCUAUUUUCCCUGUGCCAGAAUUUGCUAUGAACCUUGUGUAUGGCAGAGAGAGAGCCAAAGCAGUACUGCAAGGCCAAAAGAUUCUGCCAGAAAGAACUCUGAAAUUUGGUUACAAGUUUGAAUAUCCAGAUUUGGUUUCAGUUUGCAAGAAUCUCUGUCAGUAGUUUUAUUGUGAUGUUUUGCAUUGUUUUUGGAAUUCUGGAAUCUCAAACGGGACGUUACCAUGGCAACUUCUUUAGUUGAGGUUUCAGUGUAGAUUCAUGGAGAACACAGGAGAUAAAUUCUUCAAGUUCUGAAAAAUUUACAAUACAUAUAUUCUCUUUUA